AGAAUGCUUUUCCCCCUGCAGUCCAGAUACUGAGCAAAGGAAAGUCGGUGCUUUAAGAUGUUGAGAAGUUGCUGAUAGCGUCCAGAACUUCUGGACAGAGAAGACUUCAAGACUCGGGUGCUGAAAACGUUAUCUCUUAAAGACGCUCCUCAGCGGUGACAUCUCUGAAGAGUUCUCUUUAACGUGACAUCACACCUUACAGCGUUUAAAGCCAAGUGAACAGGCACCGAUGCAGAGUUCCCUUGGUACCCCAGCCCAUCAGGGUAGGGGAGACAAUACUGAACUUGCCCUCACUGGAUCUCAACUUUCCGUCACGAGGCGGCCGAGUAGUGCUGGUGGCGCCAAGCAAAUUGCACGCUCUAUUUCGGUCAUCACUGAUACCCGGAGCAAGGGAAACUCGCCGAGGGAUUCAUCGCGAUCUGUCAACAACCUUCGCAGAUCCAACAGCACCACCCAAGUGACUCCAGGGAACAGCUCUUUUUUCAGUGAAGAUCAACAUGAGGAUUUCCUGGCGUUCUUUGACGGCAGCUCCAGUGGAAGGAGGAAGCUGAGCGGUUUGACCAAAACCUCCCCGGAAAAGAAAGCCACUUGGAAUGUCCUGGAUGAGCAGCCCAGAAUGUUCCCUGUGCCCUCGAGUGCCCGAAGUGCCAACUCCAUCAAGAGCGUUGGCAUGAAGAGGAGAGACACUGCUGCGCUGGCACCCAACUUUCCAGCCAAUAACAGAAGCAAUAAGGGAGCUGUCGGGAACACUGUUACCACCAUGGUGCACAACAACUAUUCUCCUGGAGACCGAGGACUUACCUCCAAGAGCUCCAACCAAGCUCUGUCAUCGCUGAAUAACCAGAGACCCCUUAGCGGGGACGACUCAGGAGGCGGCUUCCAAAAAUCCCAGAAGAAUUUAUCCAGCACGAACAACCUCAGCCGUAAUAACACAGGGGGUAAUACUCCCCAGAAGAGGAAAGAGGUGACCACAGAGGAGGCAGAGAGGUUUAUCCAGCGGGUGAACGAUGCCGCAGUCACCAUCCAACGGUGGUACCGGCAGCGGCUCCAGAGACGGAGAUCAGGGGAGGGUGCCUUAAAGCAGAUGUUGGCCUCUAAAAAGGAGGAGAGGCAGCAACAGACAGAAGAUGGCAACUUCCUAACCUCCCAGCAGACCAAGGAGGAGGAGAGACGGAGGAUUCGGGAGGAGAAAGCGCGACAGGCCAGGAGGGCAGCCAUCCAGGAGUUGCAGCAGAAACGGGAGCACAAGGCGCUGGAGGCCAAGCGAGUGGCAGAGGAAGAGCUGCAGAAGCUGGCGCAGAGAGGGAAGCUGGGGCAGAAACGGAGUGCCAGAAAUUCCGUGAUGUCCCCACAACCGACUACCGCAAAGGCCCACAACACAGGUACCAGAGCCCAGACUGGCAUGGAGCUAGACAAAGCCGUGACCUCCCUGCUAAGCCCAGCUCCUGAAAGCAAGCACAGUGAGCAGAAGUCACGGGGCUCCUUGGACCAUUUACUUGGAGAUCUGGAUAUGCCGGCCUCUGCAAGCAUGGCUCAGUCUAAAACUACUCUUACUGACCUGCUGGACACACUCAAACAGCUGGAGGAGCCAGAGCCCCUGCCUGAAAUCCAAGGACAAUCCAAGGACAAGUUCCAGUGGAUAGAUGGGGACGCAGACACGUCACUGACCGCAGAUAACUUGGAGCGGCUUGGCCAGCUGAUGCGGAAUGGACAGGGGGAGCAAAAAGAAGCCCAAAACGGUGUCCUUCUCUCAGAGGCAAAGCUCCAGAGCAUCAUAAGCUUCUUGGACGAAAUGGAAAAAUCUGAGCAAGAAAGACCACGGUCUGCAGCUUCCAACACCUAUAGAGGGGCUUUGCUGUCAGAAGAAGAGUUGACGCAUCUGGAGCAGGCAUCUGCUGUGGCCACGGAGGUGACCAGUUCGAUGCUGAAGCUGCGUCUGGAGGUGGAGGAGAAGAAGAAAGCCAUCAGCCUGCUGCAGACGGCUCUGGCUCAGCAGCGAGAGCUGACGGUUAGACACGUUAAACAGACGGAGAAAGAGCUGGGAUACCAACUGAAGCAGCAGAGCGAGCAAUAUGAGGCUACGAUUAACCGGCACCUCUCAUUCAUAGACCAGCUCAUUGAUGACAAGAAAGCUCUAAGCGAGCGCUGUGAGUCUCUGGUACAUGAGCUCAAGCAGGUGGAUCAGAAAUAUGGAAACAAGAUCAACCAGAUGCAGGAACAGCACGAACUGGUUUGGCAAACUCUGGGCCCCCUGUGCGAGGAGAUGAAGAGGUUACAGGAUCUCAUGACCGCGACUGAGAAAGUGAGGCGAGAGAAAUGGAUUGACGAAAAGACCAAGAAAAUUAAAGAGAUAACAGUAAAAGGACUAGAGCCGGAAAUCCAGAGACUCAUCUCCAAACACAAGCAAGAGAUCCGCAAGCUGAAGGCUCUUCACGAGGCCGAGCUGUUGCAGUCGGACGAGCGCGCGGCUCUACGCUACGUGCACCAGGCAGAGGAACUCCGGCAAAACCUAGAGAGAGAGAAGGAAGAAGUGAGCCAACGAGAGCGGGAACUAGCCAAGCAGAGGUACGAAAAGCAACUUGUUCAGGAAGAGCAGUCGCUACAGGAGCAGCGCAGACGUCUUUACAGCGAGGUCGGCGAGGAGAAGGAGCGGCUGAGCCAGCAGGCAACCAGACAGAGAGCAGAACUGGAUGAGCUGCGGAAACAGCUGGAAGAAAACUGCUCCCUGACCACCAGAGUCUUGAAAGAAGAAUACGAGAAGAGCAAAGACGAGCAGGAGAGACGUCACCAGGCAGAGAUAAAAGCCCUUAAAGAAAGGCUAGAUAUUGAGAAGCAAGCGUGGGAGCAGAAUUACAUGAAGAAGGAGGAGGCUUGGCUGCUGUCCCGGGAACGGGAGCUCAAGGAAGAUGUCAGGAAAGAACGAGAUAAGGAAAUAGAGAUCGUAAUACAUCGUCUGGAGGCAGAGAUGUCGGCUGCCAGGGAGGAGUGUGAGAGAGCCGCAGAGAACAGGAUUAAGAGGGUGAGGGAUAAGUACGAGUCUGAGCUUCAGGAGAUAGAGCGAUCCGAGAGGAAACUGCAGGAGAGAUGCAACCAGCUGAAGGAGCGCGUUACCGAGCUGGAAGGAGAACAGAUCCGACUUCAGGGACUCCUGAGACAGAGAGACCAGGAGGUGGAGGACAUCAGGAAGAUCACAGACCGGCUGAACGAGGAGAGGAAAAGUCUCUCCGAUGUCAUCCGGCAGGAGUUUGCAGAUCGACUUGUGUUGAUCGAGGACGAGAACAGGCGUUUGAAAAUAGAAUCGUCAGAGGGGCAAGCGAGACACCGGCUGGAGCUGGAAAGGAUCAGCCGCGAAAAGGACGAGGAGCUGGAGGAAGUCCACAAGAGGGUAAAGGCUGCGAUUGUGAAGAAAGAAGAGACUGUGAACAACCUGCGGAAACAGUGUGAGGCAGCUGUAAAGCGAGCUGAUCAUCUUGAAGCCCUCCUGGAGCAGCAGAGGAAGCAAUUGCUUGCCAAGUAAGCAGCAGCUUUACUGGCCGUGUCACUGCAUUCGUCCCCAACUGUGACCCCAUUCAAUGUCGCCCAAGGAUUUUAGCUUGGCUUUGAUCUUCGAACAAAUUCUUGCACAUUUUCUCUUUCUCCGUCCAGCUAAGUUUGAGAAUAAAUGUUUGGUUUUGUUUUUUUUUUUACUUUCUGAGUGGCGAGUGUUUUAUUUAUAUCAUUACCCCGAUAUCACAAAUGCUUUUUUAUUGGGAAAAUGCCAUUUUAGUGAAUGGAACCUGAAUGUUGCCGAGUUCGCUGUACGGAUAUAUUGCCUGCAUAAUAAAUAUUACUUUUAAACACCA